UUUGACAUUUAAGAAUGGAACACAAUUUCAUUUAAAUGACUUCCACGACUGGCCUUACAGUAGCCCAUACGAUGAACCCAAUUUUGAAGUACUUUUUCGAUUGUAUGAGCUUGAAUUUCAUGAAUGGCAACUUCAAUCUCGUGUUUCAAGGCAUCAAUUGUCUCUGGAUGAUUAGCGUAACAUUUAUCUUUAACGGCACCCCACAAAAAAUAAUCCAAUGGAGUCAAGUCACAGCUUCUAGGCGGCCAAUUGACAUCAGCAUUUCGGCUGAUUAUUCGAUUUUCGAAAACACCGCGCAAAAGAUCGAUUGUAACGUUGGCUGUGUGGCUCGUAGCGCCAUCCUGUUGAAACCAAAUGUCAUCUGUGUCAUCAUCUUCAAUUUCGUGGCAAUGUUUUCAGCUGUCCGCACUGUAGGAGCACGAGAACGUGUUGUUUUAUCCAACAACGAUCCAGUUUCACGAACUCGCUUCACAAAUUGAUUCACAUACUGACUUGAAGGCACGUUUUGUUUACCAAAAAUUUUUUGUAAUUUUCUUACAGUUUCAGUAGAAGACUCACUAUUUUGGAAAUAUGUUUUCAAUAUUUCCCACUUUUGUUCAAGCGAAAAGCGACUCAUUUUGUAAAUGUCAAACAUAAAACUAACUUUCUCUCAUAACACGGAUGAUGUAAGUGUUGCCAAAAUCAAAGUAAUCGGUAGUUGAAAUUGAAAACGUUAG